UUUUAUAUUAUUUAAUAUUAGUGGAAAAGUUAAUACAUAUAUAUAUACAUAAAUAUAUAAUAAUAUAAAUAAUGAGCUCACACGGUAAAGCGGAGACUGAAAGAUUGAAACAAAAUUUGGAAGAACAACUUGAUAGAUUAGUGCAACAAUUAGAGGAUCUUGAAGAAUGCAAAGAUGAAAUGACUGAAGAGGAAUAUGAAGAAACGGAAAAAGAAACCAUAGAACAACUACGUGAAUUUAAUGAAUCAUUACAAAGAAUGAUUUCUGGAAAUAUGACUCUAAUCAAUCAGUUUGGAGCAAUGCAAUUGGCAACUCAAGCAGCAAUUAGUGCAGCUUUUAAAACACCUGCAGUAAUUAGAAUGUUUGGUAAACGUGAACCUGAUCAACUUAGAGAACGCCUUGCUCAAAUAGAACGAGAUAAUAAACUUGGAAAAUUAAAUAAAGAUGUUGCUGAUAGGUUACGUGCUGAAGUACUAAGUGCUUUGAGACAACUCGGAGAAAAAUUGGAUCCAUCUGAAUUACAAUUGUUAGAAAAGUUUUCCUUAAAUACCAUAGAUGCAACAAGUUAUGUGCAAGUAACGGAGACUGCUGAAAAAGGUCAAAUGGCUUUAGAAGUAGUUGGUAAAGAAGUUAAAGCUACUCAAAGUACCUAAAUUCUUUUUAAUCGUAUCUAAUAUAUCAAUAUAUACUCCUCUAUAUAUUUUAUAAUAUCUAU